CAAAGUAACGUAAGGCAUUUUCAAGUAGUUUCAAGCUUGGAAUAUUAGGCUAAUACUAAAAGUUAACUUUCCCCAAUACUACUGUUCCCAAAAUGUGUGAUAUGCCUACUGUUUUUAUGACCGCGCAUACAAAUAACGGACCAAUUCGUAACUUAAAAUAUUCGCUAAUUCAUUUUUGUUUAGUGAAACUUUAAGCUGUGAAAUCAGCGUGUGUGUUAUAGAGUCACUUCAGUAUAUGCUGUUCUACCGAGCAAAGGUCACCUUUCAAGACAGCACUGUUUGUGCUCGAUUUCACUCGUACUUUAAAAACUGUUUAUCUACAGCAGACAGGGAAAGACUGGGGUUUUCUCCUAGCAUUAGCUUUGUGUGUGUUUGUGUUUGUGCAGACGGAGAUGCAGUGGUGCAGGACGUCUCUUUUCCAGGUAUACAGUCCGCAGGGCGAGAGGACGAGGAGCGCUGUGAUUUUCUGUUCAAGAUCAUCCUGAUUGGGGACAGUAAUGUGGGGAAGACCUGUGUUAUCCAGAGCUUCAGGUCAGCAGAGGUCACUGAACUGCAGCACAACACUAUUGGAGUGGAUUUUACCGUGCGCAGCAUGGAUGUUGACGGCAGGAGAGUCAAGAUGCAGGUGUGGGACACGGCGGGACAGGAGCGUUUCCGCACCAUCACUCAGAGCUAUUAUCGCAGUGCUCAUGGCGCUAUGAUUGCGUAUGAUCUGAGCCGCCGCGACACCUUCGACUCUCUGCCACACUGGAUUCAGGCGCUGGAGCAGUACGGAGCUGCCAGCCUCGUCCUCGUACUCAUCGGUAAUAAGUGUGAUCUGGAGGCGCAGCGGCAGGUGCUGUUCGAGGACGCCUGUACGCUAGCGGAGCGCAGUGGUGCUCUGGCCGCUUUAGAAACAUCCGCCAAACACCAUCACAACAUCGAGGAGGCUUUCCAACUGAUGGCCAGAGAACUCUUAGUGCGACACGGAGGAAUACAUUAUCAGGACAACCAAUCAGAUUCACCCACCGUCUACCUGCACUCUGACUCACACCCAAUCGAAGGAGAACAGUUGGAGAAAAGGUCAUGUGACUGCUAACAACCAAUCAGAUUCACCUACUGUCUACCUGCACUGACUCUCAUGCAAUAGGAGAACAUGUAUAAAGAGGUCAUGUGACUGCUAACAACUAAUCAGAUUCACCUACUGUAUACCUAUGCUCUGACUCUCAUUCAAUAGAACAUAUGGAGACAGGGUCAUGUGACUAACAACCAAUCAGAUUCAUCCACUGUCAACCUGCAAUCCUUCUCUAAUUCAAAAGGAGAACAUAUGAAGAGGUCAUUGACUGUUAACAGCCAAUCAGAUUCACUGACUGUAAAACUGGGCUCUGCGUCUCUUCCAAUAGGAAAACAGAUGGAGACAAGGUCAUGAGCCUGCUAACAGCCAAUCAGAUUCACCUACUGUCAUCCUGCACUCUGACUCUUAUCCAAUAGCAAACAUAUGAAGAGGUCAUGUGACUGCUAACGACCAAUCAGAUUCACCUACUGUAUAUCUGCACUUCGACUUUCAUCCAAUUAGAAGAGAACAGAUGGAGAGGAGGUCAUAUGACUGCUAACGACCAAUCAGAUUCACCCAGAGUCAACCAACACUCCAACUCUCAUCCAAUUGGAGAACAUAUGAAGAGGUCAUGUGACUGCUAACAAUCUGAUUCACUUACUGUAUAUCUGCACUCUGACUCUCAUCCAAUAGGAAAACCUAUGAAGAUGUCAUGUGACUGCUAACAACCAACCAGAUUCACCCACUGUCAACCUGUACGCCGACUCUCUCCAAUAGGAGAACAUAUGAAGAGGUCAUGUGACUGCUAACAACCAAUCAGAUUCACCCACUUGUCUACCUGCACUCUGACACUCAUCCAAUAAGAAAACAGAUGAAGUGGUCAUGUGACUGCUAACAGCUAAUCAGAUUCAUCCACUGUCAAUCUGUACUCCGAUUUUCAUCCAAUAGGAGAACAUAUAAAGAGGUCAUGUGACUGCUAACAACCAAUCAGAUUCACCCACUUGUCUACCUGCACUGCGACACUCAUCCAGUAGGAAAACAGAUGGAGAAGAGGUCAUGUGACUGCUAACAACCAAUCAGAUUAACCGAUAGAGUAGAGGUCGUGUGACUGCUGUGUUUUUCUGAUUUAGUUAGGUUGUUUUGUUAUUUAAUAAUAAUGUGUUUGAACAUAAUGCUAUGGAAAACAAUCAGGAGACGAGUUUGCAAUUCUCUGUUUAGAUUUUCUGGAUUUAUCAGGUAAAAUUUUAAUGUUGUUAUAUCCAGUGCAGAUCUGAGAAUAGUCCUUUUAAACUGCAAUUCAGGCCAGAAAAUGAUGACAGAUUGGUCAGAAUAAUAAAUAUUUUCAUUCAUUGUGACUGAAAAUUAGAGCUAUUCCACCAAAUAUUGUUUUCUUAAUUUAACUGAAGUUAAAAUAUCAGUGUUAGUCUAAAGAUUAAUAUAAAUAUAAAUGUAAACACUAGGGAUGCUCCGAUCAAUCGGCCGGAGAUCGGUAUCGGCUGAUAAUCACCGUUCACGACUCGAUCUGUACUCUCCAAUCUCUCACGAGCCAAUCACAAGUGUUUGUUUACGACUUUAUAAGCAGAGGAAGAUGCACGUGCACAUCCAGGAUAUUAAUCAGCGCUACAACCAAGGGUGUGUUUCCCAAAACCAUCAUUCGCCAACUAAGGUUGCAAGUUCCGUCGUUACAAACAUAGUUUGUUGAUUCGCAGUUUCCCAAAUCCCUCGUUCAAAUGAACAUUCGCAAACUGCGUCGCAAACUUGUAUGCUUACAACUACACCUCUGGAGCUGUAGUUAGAAACAAAGUUCCUGGAUGUGUUCUAAUGCCAUUUAUCCCCCCUAUGCCCUAUUCAUCUAGAACAUUCUAACAUUUAAAGAUGGAAUGAUUAAAAAUAAAAAAGCAUUAAGCUCA